GGUGCGGCCGAGCCGCACGGCUAUAAAAAGGAGGUGCAGCUGGCUUCUCAGCUCGCGGUAGUCCUUGACUCAGAGUACCUGGAGGGCUGGCUCUCUACCUCAGGUGACUCUGGUCACAGGUCACUCAUUGCCCGCGGCCGCCGGCAUAGUUCAGCUGCAGCUGUUGAAGCUCCCCUGGGUCUCUCCCGAGGUGUAGCCCCGGUCCAUGGAGAAGGGCCCGGUACCGGAGGAGAAGCCGCGGGGCGUCAGGUGCAUCAAUGGGUUCCCGGAGCGGGAGCCGUCGCGGCCUGGGGCAAGCCGGCCGGCGGAGAAAUCCCCGCGGCCCGAGAUCAAGAGCGCCCAGCCGACGGACGGCUGGAAGGGGGAGCGGCCCCGCAGCGAGGAGGACAACGAGCUGAACCUCCCCAACCUGGCGGCCGCCUACUCGUCCAUCCUGCGCUCGCUGGGCGAGGACCCCCAGCGGCAGGGGCUGCUCAAGACGCCCUGGAGGGCGGCCACCGCCAUGCAGUUCUUCACCAAGGGCUACCAAGAGACCAUCUCAGGUCGGGGCGCCCGCCGGGGCGUGCGGGGCGCGGGGGAGGUGGCUACAGGAAGCGAGAGCCACUCCGGGAAGUUUCCCGAGUUGCCUCACACUUGGCGGAGGACUGAGUGCUGUCACUUUGCGAGCCCUGCCCUCUGUCCUGGCCCGCUGCCUGGCCGAGGCCAGGGUCCUAUGUAA